UAAACAAAUCAACAAGCUGUGGUGUAAUCGUUUUAAAAAUUAUUUUCUUCUGUAUAUAUGGUUCUGAAGAAUCCAUAUGUAAUUAAUUAGAUGAAAUCACAAUGGAUGAAUCUCUGGGUGCUCAAUAUGCAAUACAAAUAGCUGUCCACACUUUGAGAGACAGGUGCAAAAAUCUGCAACAAAGGAUUGCUACAUUGGAAGAUGAAAAUGUUGCUCUCCGAAGUAAGUGUACCCAGAUCGAGGAAAACGAGCAACAUUCACUCUCAGAAAUGGAUAAGCUGAGAGUUCAGAUAGCUGAGACAACAGAACAGCAUGAGCAACUGCAAGAUAGAGUCAGAAUGGUGUCAUCAGAAAACCAAGACUUGUGGGGUAAACUGGGGAAACUGAUUGACAUCAACAAAAACUUGAGAAACCAACUCAACAAAAUAAAUGAAACUGUUGAUCAACACAUAACACCCACUCAUACUGUUCUAAUAAGAUCUAAAACCUUUACUCAACAUGAGCCCCAAACUAAGUUUCCUCAAAAAAACCUAGACAUCAAUGAGAAGAUUAGCUUAGAAUUGGAAAAUAUAUCAUUGAAAUUGACUGACAAUUUUUCAAAACAGAAAAUUGAAUUGGAAAGGAUGUGUUCAGAGAUUGAUGAAAUGCAGUGUGAUAAUGGUAUCAUCACAGAAAAUUUUGGUUUCUGUUUUGAUGACCAAUUAGAGGAGGAUGUAGUUGAUGAUUUAAAUGUUGCACUUGAAGAUUUGAGAUUGCUCAAAGAGCAAGUGUUGACUCAGAAAGAAAUUUUAGAGAAAAACCUUAGGAAUAUGCAAACAAUACAGAAUAACAAAGCACUACAGAGCUGCAAAUCCUGUGAUAUGAAGAGAAUUCAUCAGUGUGAAAAGGCUACUUCCACAGUUGAUAUUCCUAAAACAGGUGUUGACAAAUGUACAGAAGCACUGCUUUUUGGACAAGAUGAGAAAUCCAGUUCUAAACUAAAACAGUCCACAGAAGUGGAAAAAAUUUGCCCUAUUUGUAGUAGACAUUUCAAAAAAGAUACUGAUUUUAUUGAGUUUCAGCAACAUGUUGAAAACCACUUCAUUGUUGAUAGCAACUCUCAUGAAAUAUCAUAGUUAGUAGUAUUUAUUAGUCAUUUGUGGAGGUAUAUUAUUUUUUAUUUAUGACCAUUUAUUUUUUUGUAUAUAAAUGCAACAUGUUGUGGAAGAAAUUAUUGAACAUUUUGAGAUUAAAAGCUGUGUUAAAAGUAA